CCUCGGGACAGCCCUUUGGUUCCCCGCCCUCUGACCCCCCCUCGCACCCAUUGGGCUUCCACCAACACCCAACGCCCGGGGGGCUCCAAUCGGGUGCGGCUCGACCACCCCCGCACCCACAGCACACAUAAGGCAGCCUGGGAUGAGCAGGGAGUGCUGCGUGACCCCCCCGGAACCGCUGAGAGCCACCAGAGGACCCUACUGGACACCAUCUGGAGCCCCCCCUGAAGAAUCCAGCCAGACACCCCAGCACACCACCAGGACCCCCUGAGCACCACUGGGACCCCCCCAGGGACCAUGGAGACCCCACUGGGCAGAACUGAGACCCCCCCAGAUACCACCAAGACCCUCCCAGAGACCUCCGGGAGCCCAUUGGAAGCCACUGAGACCCCUCCAGACCCCACUGUGACCCCCCAGGAACCCAGCGAGUUCCCCCCCGGUACCACCCGCCCCCCCCCGACCCGCUGGGGCAUCUGCUCAGCCGGCAAAAUCAGCCACGACUUCCUGGUGGCCCUGCGCACACUGCCCGCCGAGGAGCACCUGGCAGUGGCGGUGGCGGCGCGGGAGCUGUCCCGUGCCCAGCAGUACGCACAGCUGCACGGGGUGGCACGCGCCUAUGGGAGCUACGAGGAGCUGGCAAGAGACCCCCAAGUGGACGUGGUGUACGUGGGCACGGUGAACCCGCAGCACCUGCCGGCCACCCUCCUCUUCCUGCGGGCGCGCAAAGCCGUGCUGGUGGAGAAGCCGCUGGGCAUCAGCGCCCGCGAGGCCAAGGAGAUGGCAGCGGCCGCACGGGAGGCGGGCGUCUUCCUGAUGGAGGGCUUCUGGACCCGCUUCUUCCCAGCCUGGAAGCGGCUGAGGGCGCUGGUGGAUGGGGGGGCCCUGGGGGAGUGCCGGGUGCUGCAGGGAGCCCUGGCCUUCCCCCUGCGGGCCGUGGAGCGGCUGCGGGAACCCAGCCUGGCCGGGGGGGCCCUCCUGGACCUGGGGGGCUAUGGGCUGCAGAUGGCCAGCGCCUUGCUGGGGAGGGGCUGCCCCCCCCUACGCCUGCGGGCAGAGGGCUGCCUGCACCCCUCGGGGGUGGACGAGACGGUGACGCUGAUGCUGCAGUACGAGGGGGGGCGGCAGGCGGCACUGACCGUGUCCAUGGAUGCAAAGCUGCCGGGGGGGGCCGCACUGGGGGGAACCCACGGCUGGGUGGAGAUCCCCAGCCACAUGAACUGCCCCACUGAGCUGAUCUGGGAAGGCAAGAGAGAAGUUUUCCCUUUGCCCCCCUCUGCGGAACCCCUGAACUACCCCAACAGCACGGGGCUGCGUUACGAGGCCCAGCACGUGCGGGAGUGCUUGCUGCAGGGGCUGACCGAGAGCCCCGUGAUGCCGCUGGCCGAGAGUGAGCUGAUCGCCGAGAUGAUGGACGAGGCACGGCGCCAGGUGGGGGCUGUAGGGCCGGGGGGUACUACCCCAUAAUGGACCUCCAAAUUGCUCCCUAAACCCCCUCCCUUGCAAAACCUGAGUAGAAUAAAGCAAUCAACCUGCCUCGA